CCCGUCGUGAUCCCACCCCACGCUAUCCCCAUGCUAUUCUGUUUGGAUCCCCAUCACAUUCUAUCCCACCCCCUCCUUGUCCCUUCGCCUCCCGACCCUGAUCCCAUCUCAUUCUGAUCCCAUCGCCUCCUGUCUACGAGCUGUACUUAUCCCAUCCCAUCCUUAUCUCAUCCCAUCCUUAUCCCUCUCCAAUUCUCAACACAUUCCAUCCUGUCCCUGUGCCAUUCCCAUCAGUGAUGGCCUUCUCAUCAUGUCCUCUUCCCAUCUCAUCCCACUCUUUUCCCAUCGUACCUGAUCCAAUUCUGAUCCCAUCCCCUACCCACUCCCUCUCCAUCCCAUUCCUGUUGCAUGUUGUUCCAUCCUUUCCUAACCUGAUCCCAUCCCUACCCUCCAAUCUGAUGCUACCCCACCCUCUUUGUGUACCAUCCUGCCCUGCCCAUACCACACCAUCUUAAUCUCCCUCAUAUAUGGUCUCCACCUUACCCCAUUCCACAUCUCCAUCCUGAUCCCAUCCCACUCUGAGCGCCUGCUCUCAUGCCCCAGCUCCCUGCCCCAGAGGGGAAUCCUCCAUCUCCCUGCUCUCCAGGAAGGGCAGGCCUGACACCCCCUCCCAGGACACCACCCUCCUGCCCCACCAGCUGCAGCUCCUCAUCCUUCCCGCCUGUGGGCAUUUAAGAGCCAGGGGCAGUGUGGGGGAGCAUGUGCUGGGCAGGAUGGCUACAGGGGAGCAGCAGAGGCCGGAGAAGCGGCGCCGGCGCAGGGCUCGGCAGCAAGAGCUACUCCCAGAAGAGAUCCUGGACAAGCACCCCCUGCAGAACAGAUGGGCACUGUGGUUUUUCAAGAAUGACAAGAGCAAGAUGUGGCAGGCAAACCUGCGCCUCGUCACCAAAUUCAGCACUGUGGAGGACUUCUGGGCGUUGUACAGCCACAUCCAGCCCGCCAGCAAGCUCUCAUCUGGCUGUGACUAUUCCCUCUUCAAGGAUGGCAUCGAGCCCAUGUGGGAGGACAGCCAGAACAAGUGUGGUGGGCGCUGGCUUGUCACCCUGUCCAAGCAGCAGCGGCACACCGAGCUGGACCGUUUCUGGCUGGAUACGGGACUGUCCUGGGCUCCUUUCCUCCUGGCAGCUGCUGUGCCUCAUUGGGGAGAUGUUUGAUGAGUACAGCGACGAGGUGUGCGGGGCCGUCAUCAACAUCCGCACCAAGGGGGACAAGAUUGCCAUCUGGACCCGGGAAGCGGAAAACCAGGAAGGAGUCACCCACAUUGGGCGUGUCUACAAGGAGCACCUGGGCCUGUCACAGAAGGUGACCAUCGGGUACCAGGCCCACGCAGACACGGCCACCAAGAGCAACUCCCUCCCCAACACCAAGUUUGUGCUGUGACUGUGGGGGUAGCAGGGGUCCCCAUGUAUUGUCUCAGAAUGAA